CACACCGCUCUAUAGGCAGGCAAGCAGGCAGAUCAGGCAAGCACACUGCUGGUGUGUCAUAUAUCUUUUUUCUCUUUUUAUUUCCCAUCUUCUACUGAUCUCUUUAUGAAAGAUAAUGCCAGCAACCUGAAUCCUAGCAGUGUGGUAAACAGAAAAAAAAGAAGGGAGGGGGGAAAAGAUAGGGCUUAGGGAGGGCAUUGGUGGGGAAAUGCGCCCAGGGCUGUAAAGUGGUAAGAGGGAAGGCAGCAGAAAAGUGUGGGCUGGCUUACACUGGCACUUAAAAAGAGGUUCGCUGUGGCUUUUGUGCAUUUCACCAGCAGCCAGGCUGGGAGACUAAGAAGGGAACAGUGAAGAAGUAGAGGAGACAACAGCUUCAGGGAGAAGGUGUACUCUCACCUCACUGGAACAAGUGUAUUUUUAGCCUUCCACCCUACUAUUCCUCUUUACAGUAAAAUCUUCCACUCAUCGGUGGGAGCUAUGGGUAGUGCGGACAGGUUUCUAUGGGCAGCACUGCUGCUGCUGCCAAUCUUAGGGUUCUCUGUGGCUGUGCCAGCAAGCUGGCUGCCUGGGAAAUAUACAAACACCACAGCUGAUGCACUAAGGUUCCUCAGCGACUACAACAGCACUGCUGAGGAGGUGUUUUUCUAUAGCGUCUCUGCCAGCUGGACCUACAACACCAACAUAACGGACCACAACUCCAAGCUUCAGGUAAACGCCUCCCUUGACGAACAGGCUUUUGUCGAAGCCUGGGGGUCAAAGGCCAAGACAGUUUUCUCUCCUGAGCUUCUCAAUAAUCUUCCUGACCCUAAAGACAAGAAACUGAUGGAGAAAAUCAUGACACUUGGAUCUGCCAACCUUGACCAGACAGAAAGAGAGGAGUACAACACCAUUCUCAGCACCAUGGACAAUAUAUAUUCAACUGCCAAGGUGGUACCACAGCCCAACAUAAGUUGGAGCCUUGAACCACAUCUCACAGAUAUCAUGGCCAACUCCAGGAGCUACAAAAAGCUCCUGUUCGCCUGGGAGGGCUGGCACAAUGCAGCAGGCAUACCUCUCAAGAAAUACUAUCCCAGAUUUGUGGAACUCAGCAACAAAGCCUCUCAAGCCGACGGAUUUGCGGACACGGGAGCUGACUGGCGUUCUUGGUAUGAGUCUGAAACCUUUCAGGAGGAUAUCGAAGAACUCUACAGGACCAUUGAGCCCCUCUACCAGAACCUGCAUGCCUUUGUGCGCCGACAGCUCUACAACCAGUAUGGGCCCAAGUACAUCAACCUUAAAGGACCUAUCCCAGCACACCUGUUAGGAAAUAUGUGGUCCCAGACCUGGAACAACAUUUAUGGUUUGAUGAUCCCAUUCCCUGAUAAACCCAACAUGGAUGUGACUGAUGAAAUGGUCAGACAAGGCUACAAUGCCACACACAUGUUUCGCGUGUCAGAGGAGUUCUUCACCUCUCUGGGUUUAGAGGGUAUGCCUCAGGAGUUCUGGGACAAAUCCAUGUUGGUUAAGCCUGAAGGUCGUGAGGUGGUGUGCCAUGCAUCUGCCUGGGACUUUUAUAAUCGCAAAGACUUCAGGAUUAAGCAGUGCACUACAGUGACUAUGGAACAACUCUUCACAGUCCAUCAUGAGAUGGGACAUAUUGAGUAUUACCUGCAGUACAAGGACCAGCCUGUUGGCUUCCGCCGUGGAGCUAACCCUGGUUUCCAUGAGGCUAUUGGGGAUGUUUUGUCUCUUUCUGUUUCCACUCCGAAACAUCUGCAGACCAUUAAUCUGCUGGAAUCUGUGACCUCUGACACUGAAACUGAUACCAAUUACCUGUUGAAGAUGGCUUUGGAGAAGAUAGCCUUCCUUCCCUUUGGCUAUCUUAUCGAUCUCUGGAGGUGGGGUGUGUUCAGUGGAAGCACCCCUCCAGAGCGGUACAACUCUGACUGGUGGUACCUCAGAACAAAAUAUCAAGGCAUCUGCCCACCCACCAGACGUACAGAGGAGCAUUUUGAUGCUGGGGCAAAAUACCACAUCCCUGGAAACACACCAUACAUCAGGUAUUUUGUCAGCUUCAUCCUGCAGUUCCAGCUCCAUGAAAAGCUCUGCAGAACAGCGGGUGACAAUGGUCCCUUGCACAAAUGUGACAUCUACCGCUCUAAAGAAGCAGGAGCAGUAUUAAAGAAAAUCCUUCAGGCUGGCUCUUCCAAACCUUGGCCUGAAGUGCUCCAGGAGGCCAUUGGCACCAACAAGUUAAAUGCCACCUCACUAAUGAAUUACUUUGCGCCCAUUAUCGAAUGGCUGGAAAAGCAAAAUGAGAACGAGAUUUUGGGAUGGCCUGACUUUGACUGGGUCCCACCCAUGCCAGAGGGAUAUCCUGAGGAUAUUGACAAGAACACAGAUGAGCUUGAUGCAAAGAAGUUUCUGGAAGAGUACAACACAACAGCAGAGGUGGUGUGGAAUGCAUACACUGAGGCCUCGUGGCGUUACAACACGGACAUCAAUGAAGAAAAUAAGAAGGCAAUGCUCCAGAAGAACCUAGAGAUGUCAAAUCACACCCUGCAGUAUGGACUGAAAGCCCGACAGUACGACACCACUGACUUCCAGGAUAGCUCAGUCAAACGCAUCAUCAAAAAACUCAGCGACAUUGAGAGGGCGGCCCUGACAGCGGCAGAACUGGAAGAGUACAACACUCUCUUGUCCAACAUGGAGACCAAGUACAGUGUGGCUGAGGUCUGCAGAGACAAUGGAAAAUGCCAUCCGCUGGAUCCAGAUCUCCAGAAGACCAUGGCAGAGUCCAGGGACUACGACGAACUGUUAUUUGCCUGGAAAGGAUGGAGAGAUGCUGCAGGAAAAGUAAUUCGUCAGGAUUACAAGAGAUAUGUGGAACUGGCCAACAAAGCUGCCACACUCAAUGGUUACUCUGACAAUGGGGCUUUCUGGCGUUCACUGUAUGAAACGCCUACAUUUGAAGAAGACCUUGAAACUCUGUGGAAGGAGCUGGAGCCGCUCUAUCAGCACAUACAUGCCUAUGUUCGAAGAUCUCUGUACAAAAAGUAUGGUCCUAAGUACAUCAACUUGAAGGGGCCAAUUCCUGCUCAUUUGCUGGGCAACAUGUGGGCGCAGACGUGGUCUGGCAUAAUGGACCUGGCCAUUCCCUACCCAAAUGCCACACAGGUUGAUGCCACACCAGCUAUGGUGGAAAAGAACUGGACCCCCAUAAUGAUGUUUGAGGAAUCAGACAGGUUUUUCACCUCUCUGGGCCUGGAGCCAAUGCCAGCAGAGUUUUGGAAUAAAUCCAUGCUGGAGAAGCCGACUGAUGGACGCCAGGUGGUGUGUCACGCCUCUGCGUGGGACUUCUAUAACCGAAAAGACUUCAGGAUUAAACAGUGCACUGUUGUGACUAUGGAUGACCUGGUCACGGUGCACCACGAGAUGGGCCAUGUCCAGUACUUCCUGCAGUACAAAGACCAGCCGGUGUCCUUCCGUGAUGGAGCCAACCCUGGCUUCCAUGAGGCCAUUGGCGAUGUCCUAGCGCUGUCUGUGUCCACACCCAAACAUCUUCAGAGCAUCGGCCUGCUGGACAAAGUUGAGAGCAACCACGAGAGCGAUAUCAACUUUCUGAUGAGCAUGGCACUCGAUAAGAUUGCCUUCCUACCUUUCAGCUACCUCAUGGAUCAGUGGAGGUGGAAAGUGUUUGAUGGACGCAUCCCACCAACAGAUUACAAUAAAGAAUGGUGGAACCUCAGAAUGAAGUACCAGGGACUGUGUCCGCCUGUAACUCGCACUGAGGAUGAUUUUGACCCAGGUGCAAAGUUCCACAUCCCUGCUAAUGUGCCCUAUGUCAGGUACUUUGUUAGCUUCAUCAUCCAGUUUCAGUUCCACGAGGCCCUGUGCAAAGCAGCCAAGCACGAAGGACCUCUUCAUACCUGUGAUAUCUACAGAUCUAAAGAAGCUGGAAAGCUGCUUGGUGAUGUGAUGAAGUUGGGCUUCAGUAAACCCUGGCCUGAGGCAAUGACUAUGAUCACCGGCCAGCCGAAAAUGAGUGCCCUGCCUCUCAGGGAGUAUUUCAAACCUCUCAUUGAAUGGCUGGAGACUCAGAAUGCAAACGAAAUCCUUGGAUGGCCUGAGUACGAUUGGAAACCGUCCAACACAAACAAGAACACAGAUGAGCUUGAUGCAAAGAAGUUUCUGGAAGAGUACAACACAACAGCAGAGGUGGUGUGGAAUGCAUACACUGAGGCCUCGUGGCGUUACAACACGGACAUCAAUGAAGAAAAUAAGAAGGCAAUGCUCCAGAAGAACCUAGAGAUGUCAAAUCACACCCUGCAGUAUGGACUGAAAGCCCGUCAGUACGACACCACUGACUUCCAGGACAGCUCAGUCAAACGCAUCAUCAAAAAACUCAGCGACAUUGAGAGGGCGGCCCUGACAGCGGCAGAACUGGAAGAGUACAACACUCUCUUGUCCAACAUGGAGACCAAGUACAGUGUGGCUGAGGUCUGCAGAGACAAUGGAAAAUGCCAUCCGCUGGAUCCAGAUCUCCAGAAGACCAUGGCAGAGUCCAGGGACUACGACGAACUGUUAUUUGCCUGGAAAGGAUGGAGAGAUGCUGCAGGAAAAGUAAUUCGUCAGGAUUACAAGAGAUAUGUGGAACUGGCCAACAAAGCUGCCACACUCAAUGGUUACUCUGACAAUGGGGCUUUCUGGCGUUCACUGUAUGAAACGCCUACAUUUGAAGAAGACCUUGAAACUCUGUGGAAGGAGCUGGAGCCGCUCUAUCAGCACAUACAUGCCUAUGUUCGAAGAUCUCUGUACAAAAAGUAUGGUCCUAAGUACAUCAACUUGAAGGGGCCAAUUCCUGCUCAUUUGCUGGGCAACAUGUGGGCGCAGACGUGGUCUGGCAUAAUGGACCUGGCUAUUCCCUACCCAGAUGCCACACAGGUUGAUGCCACACCAGCUAUGGUGGAAAAGAACUGGACCCCCAUAAUGAUGUUUGAGGAAUCAGACAGGUUUUUCACCUCUCUGGGCCUGGAGCCAAUGCCAGCAGAGUUUUGGAAUAAAUCCAUGCUGGAGAAGCCGACUGAUGGACGCCAGGUGGUGUGUCACGCCUCUGCGUGGGACUUCUAUAACCGAAAAGACUUCAGGAUUAAACAGUGCACUGUUGUGACUAUGGAUGACCUGGUCACGGUGCACCACGAGAUGGGCCAUGUCCAGUACUUCCUGCAGUACAAAGACCAGCCGGUGUCCUUCCGUGAUGGAGCCAACCCUGGCUUCCAUGAGGCCAUCGGCGAUGUCCUAGCGCUGUCUGUGUCCACACCCAAACAUCUUCAGAGCAUUGGCCUGCUGGACAAAGUUGAGAGCAACCAAGAGAGCGAUAUCAACUUUCUGAUGAGCAUGGCACUCGAUAAGAUUGCCUUCCUACCUUUCGGCUACCUCAUGGAUCAGUGGAGGUGGAAAGUGUUUGAUGGACGCAUCCCACCAACAGAGUACAAUAAAGAAUGGUGGAACCUCAGAAUGAAGUACCAGGGACUGUGUCCGCCUGUAACUCGCACUGAGGAUGAUUUUGACCCAGGUGCAAAGUUCCACAUCCCUGCUAACGUGCCCUAUGUCAGGUACUUUGUUAGCUUCAUCAUCCAGUUUCAGUUCCACGAGGCCCUGUGCAAAGCAGCCAAGCAUGAAGGACCUCUUCAUACCUGUGAUAUCUACAGAUCUAAAGAAGCUGGAAAGCUGCUUGGUGAUGUGAUGAAGUUGGGCUUCAGUAAACCCUGGCCUGAGGCAAUGACUAUGAUCACCGGCCAGCCGAAAAUGAGUGCCCUGCCUCUCAGGGAGUAUUUCAAACCUCUCAUUGAAUGGCUGGAGACUCAGAAUGCAAACGAAAUCCUUGGAUGGCCUGAGUACAAUUGGAAACCGUCCAACACAACAGGUGAAGAAAAUACAGAAGAUAAUACAGUGGACUUCCUGGGUAUGAGAGUGGACAGUGGAGGAGCCAUCGCUGGCCAGUGGAUUCUGUUGGUCCUUGCCGUGGUGUUCUUGUUGGCUACCAUCCUAUUGGCUUACAAGUACAGGAAGUCAAAAAAGUCUAAAAAGUCCUUAUCCACCAUGGAGCUCAAACAGAAAUACUAGCCAGCAGUGAUAGCUAAAGGGCUGGAGUACGGCCUGACGCACUGUAGCUAGCUCGUAACCAACCUCAAUGUGAACAUAAGUGUUUUUGUGAACUGAAGUACAUUUGAAAGAAAUUGCUCUUCUUUUAGGACUGCCUCCCUACCUAGUCUUGUAUAUUUAUUGUAUGCUCUUUGACUCAAAUUAUUAUUUUUUGCCUAUGCAAAAGAACAUUACAGUUUUGUAAUUUAUUUGUAAUAUUUGAAUGUGUAGGGAGGAAUUAUAUUUUAAAAUGAAAGUUUGUAAAGUCAUUCAUUGUGUAAAAUUUUUGAUUUUUUUUUUCUCUUUGUUAAAUUCUCAACAUUUCUACAAUAAAGAUGCUAAAUAUUUA